UUUUGUAUAUAUUAUGAUUAAGAAAUUCUUUUAUGCUUGUUAUGGCAGAUAUAUCAUAAGCAUUUAUUAAAAAAAAUGAAUAAAUUUUAGGGUGUUUUAGUCAGUGAGAAGCAGUUAUAGACUUCGAGAAUUAAGCAAAAUAAUUUGCCUGGUAUCUGUGGUUACGUGACAGCUGUGUGUGAUCUUGAAAAGAUGGGUAUAAAGAAGGCCAAAUAUAGAUUAGUCACCACAGUGAAUGAGUCACGUAACAGAGAGUGUUAGUGGCUAGUGUGCGAGUGUUGCUCACUGGACCUUUUCCAAAAGCAUUCCUUUCCUCAGCUUGUGACGACACUGCUCUCUGAAUGUCAGGUGAAGCUCUGAGAUAUGUAGAAGAGAAAAGGGUUGUUGAAAGAUCUGUGCUUGAAGCACUUUCAGAGUACACAGGUAUAAUUUUAGGUAAACUUCAGAAAUUUGAGCCUGAGAACGCCUCAAAGAUCUUAGGGUAUCUCCUUGUCCAAGAACAUGGGGAAGAAGAAAUGGCGAAAUUGGCUUCACUUCCUGACCAUUUAAUCCGUGAAGUGGCGUUCCAGACCAGAACCAAGCUUCCAAGGUCAGCUGCUAGAUCAAUCAUUCCUCCAAUUUCACCUCCCAUGAACUGUCAACCAGGUUUUUCCCAGUUUUCAGUAAUCUCCCCUACUUCAGUAAUCACAGCUGACACCCCUACCACAGCGCCAAGCUUCCAGCUUCAAUCUCCCUUCUGGGAUCCUCAGUCUGUUAACAAUGCCAAUGCAGAAUNUCUUAAAAUUUAUGGAAACUAUAUCUGGUCGAACUAA